AUUUGUUUUUAUUGUUUAUUUGUUAUUGAAUAUUUGUUUGGUUGGUUGAACCAAUAUUUAAUAUUAGUUGAAUAUUUAUUAAACAAGUGGUACAAAAAUUGUUUGAAUCAUGUCUAGUUCUUCACGAAAUAAUAGUAAAAUAAAGAAGAAGGAUAAUAAUACCAACAACAUUAUAAAAAUUCCCAAAAGUGUGUUUGAAAGAACAUUGGAAGUUAUAAAUCAUCCACACCAUAUAGCAUGGACAGAUCGAAAUAAUUCUUGCUCGAAAGCUAUUCAUCGUAGUGCGGAAAAUGACAUAAGGGGCAUGCGUUCAGCGGAUAUUUGCACAAAAAUGGCUUUAGCAAGGACUUGUUUACUGAAACGGGAUAUUAAAAGCCUAGCAAAGGUCCUUACUGUUACAACUCCUAGUGGCGGACGGUUAAAUGUCCGAUGGCACCCACUUUGUGUAAAGUAUGGAGUACUUUGCUUGGCGCACAAGAACCCUGCUUUAUUGAAUUUAUAUCUACAGUCUUUGGACUCAUCGGGUAGUAGUGAAGAAACUGUAAAAAGAUGUACACAUUAUUCUCAAAAUGUUGAAAUUUCAAAUAGUAGUAACAAAUAAAACUCAUAUAUGCAAUCCAAAUUUGCUUAUUUAUUUUUUUGUUUCAUUACAUACUAAUAUUACAUAUUUGUUUGAGUUCAAAGUGAAUAUUAAAUUUGAAAGGUUAAAACGCAUGUUUCGACCAAUAUGUUUUUUUAGUGGAUUAAAACUAGAAAAUAUAAUCUUAUUACUAAAAGAACGAUACAUUUAAAAUCCAUAGCAAAUUUCAUUUGCUUUCAAUAACCAUUUCGUUUAUUGAAUGCUAACGCCUGGACCGUUGAACUUCAAAGAAAAACAUAUUCAAGCAUUUUAAGUGUCGCAAUAAUGAAUACUACCAAGUUAUCAAUAUUCUUUAAAUUUUAAAAUUAAAUUAAGUAUUUCAUUUGAUGAAACCCUUGAACAUGUUUAUGUUUGAAGUUCUAAGUUUUAAACUAAACUAUUGGCAUCGUGUAUAUUUAGAGGCACAAAUUCUCACAU